AUGAGUCCACCACAACCCGAGCCAGAGCUGGCAUUGAAGGAGACGAAGCCGGCACUAGAUGGCGCGGGAGACCCGACUCGAGGUGAUAUCGGAGAGACACUCGAGUGGGCGCCCGAAGAGGAGCGCCGGAUCUUGAGAAAGAUUGACAUGACGGUUCUGCCUGUUCUUUGUCUUGUUUGCUUCUUCCAGUACCUCGACAAGCAAAGCCUUAGCUAUGCAUCUGUCUUUGGACUUCUUCAGGACUUGAAAUUGACCAGCCAUGAGUAUUCCUGGGCCAACUCGAUCUUCUACUUCGGACAAUUUGCCGCCGAACCCAUCGUUAUAUACCUCAUGAGUCGGCUACCUCUUGUUCGCUUUGUCGGAGCCUCGAUUAUUAUAUGGGGUGCCAUUUGCAUGUGUCUCGCCGCGCCGCACAACUUUGGUGGCUUUAGUGCUGUGCGCUUCUUUCUUGGAUUCGCAGAGGGAGCCGUUCAACCUGCUGCCGUCACCUUGACAAGCAUCUGGUACAAAAAGCGGGAACACCCUCAACGUGUUGGACUUUGGGUUUCGAUGAACGCACUCGCCCAGAUAACCGGAUCUCUUAUGAUGUACGGCAUCGGCAAGAACGGCAGCAUCUCCAUUGCCGCCUGGCGCGUGAUGUUUCUGAUUUGCGGUGGCCUUACCAUUGCGGCCGGUAUCAUCUUCACCCUUGUCAUCCCUUUUAAUCCCGAGACAGCCUGGUUCUUGACCGAGAAAGAGAGAGGUAUCGUCAAGAUGAGAAUGAAAAUGGACCGCGAGGGCGGAGAUCAGACCAACUUUUCGAAUUCGCAACUCCGAGAGGCGCUCUUAGAUCCCAAGACCUGGAUAAUUCUGCUUUUUGGCUUCUUGUCAACGAUGGCCAGCUUUGUACUCACUUUCGCUUCGCUUGUCAUCAAGAACCUCGGCUACACUAGCUUUCAGACUUUGCUCUACGGCUCACCAUCGGGUGCUGUUCAGUUCAUGUUUAUCUGGAUUGCUAUCUUCGGAAUUUGGCUGCUCCCAGGACGCAGGUCACUCAUCAUCAUCUUGCUCACCAUCGUCCCUCUUGUUGGCAACAUUCUACUCCUAGUCCUAGACACCAGUGCUGGGUGGGGAAUGAUUGUCGCGUCUUGGCUAGCCUCGAGCAUCUCCUGUAUCAUGACCGUAGUGCUCAGUCUGUCCGCAUCGAACGUCAAAGGCAACACGAAGCGCGCCGUUGUCAACACCAUGUACUUCAUCGGCUACUGUGUCGGCGCCAUGGCUGGCCCGCAACUCUGGACGGAGCCGCCGCGCUAUCUCAAAGCCCUCAUUGCCUCCAUUGUCAUCUGGGUCAUAUUCCUGGGUCUUGUUGUUCUGUACUGGCUGCUCUGUUAUUUUGAUAACAGAGCUCGAGACCGCAAGGCGCAAAGUGAGAGUGUUGACCCGGGUCAAGAAAAGGUCGACAUGACGGACAAGGAGGAUGCCUUGUUUCGCUACAGCUAUUAG